AAAAAAAACCAAUCUGAAUAUCAACUUUUCGAAUUUUCUAAUAUUGAUAGGAUUCUAUAUUCGGACAAACUUUAGAGUAAACAUUCCAUAGAAUGACUUUUCCGUUCAUAUCUUGCUCUAGAUUUGAAGAAACAAAGACCUACAUGCAUAAAUCCUUUUUGACUUUACAUGAUUUCGUGAAGAUUUUAAUCUGUGAAAAAGCAUUUACGACGAUUCUACUGAAAAGGGAAUUGCUUGAAAUGAUUCAAAGUUUCAAUCAAAACGAUUGCUUCUAUCUUGAGAUAUUCAAAAAUGGAUUCGAUUUAAGAAACAGUCAAACAACAGCAAUACUUUUUAAACAUUUUAAGAAACAAUCAAACAUUUAUCAGGAAGUUUUUUAUAAUAUUCUUAAGACUAUGGUACCUACUUAUAGACAAAAUUUCAAAUAAAAAUAUUUUGUUCAAUGUUUCUGUCAAUAGCUUAUCGUAUAUUAAAUAUACAGUAAAGUUGUCGUAAUUCAACAUAUCAGUCUCUUUCUUUCGAUAUCUUGCUCAAAAGUAAUGAAUUACUUCAAGUAAUUUGAAAUAAAAUCGAAUUUUUUUUUUCCAUUUAAAAUUUUCUGUAUAUUCAUGAUUUGUUUUUAUUUCUCGAUUCAGACAACAGAGGAUGAAUAUGAACAAAAACAAGAACAUUUAAUUGAUGGAAUUCGUCAUACUAAUAGUACAUCAGAUAUUUUAAAUCAAACAAAAACAUUAUAUUAUCCUUCACAUGCUCGUUCAGAUACAGAUCUUCUCAUAAAUCUUUCAUCUUCUUCUCAAAAUGGACUUUUCUAUAACAAUUCUAAUGAUACUAUAAAGUCAAUUAAUCAAACAAAAUGA